CUCCGAACAUACGCUUACCACACUUUGGGAUCAUUCGCCAAUAAUGAAGCCAGCCUCGGGCGUUACUUUAUGAUGCGGAGGAUUAGAGAUCCUAAUAACUUCCGAGACUCCGCGGACGUGCAUCCCAAAGGGGCAGCUGUCGAAACAGUGCCAAGGAAGAUAUUCAGGCGGUAGUACCGAUAUUAACACCGGCUGUUUGGUCGUUGCUUAAGCUUAUUCCUGGUUAAGAUUACCUUUGCUUCACAAAUGCAAGUGCUCCAUCGGAAAAGAAAGCCCCGGAGAACCUGUUUUGCCGGAUGGACUGGUCACUGUCGCUGGCCGAAUGCCGAAUGCUAGAGCCAAGUGUGCGUCUUGGGACACAGCUGGCUUCGGUGAUCCUACGCUCAUCACCGUUGACAUGUCGAUCAUUCCACCCAUUUGAACUUUCCACAGUACCCACGUGCACCCCAUACUCUUGGACGAAACAAGGUUAUGGCGGGGAACGGCUUGGGCUAUUCUUCACUAGGGGCAACUUGAAUUAGGAUUCAAUGCGUUUCUUAUGCCACCCGGACGGCAUUUGUAGGUGCUGGGGUUAAUAUAGCUGCCGAAGAAGGGCCGUUUUAAUCAUCAGGCCGCAUAUGGCAGUUCAAUUCAAAGGAUCGUUGUUUCAUCAGACUCCUCGGCAUGUCACCUGAACCUACUAAUCUACAUAUUUAUGUGUAUAUAUAGCUAAGUGGAACUCUCUUCGUCCGGUUUCUUUUUUGAAGUCAUCCCCGAUUCUUUGCUCAAUUGGAGACCAAAAUGCACUUCAAAGCCCUUGCCGUUCUGUCCUAUGGCGCGUUGGUCGCCGCGUGGUUCCCUGGAGAAGACAGAGGCAUCAUCUCCUCGGAUGGUGUCGAUCUCUUCAACCGCUCUUCAUCCGAUGUAAGCGGCAAGCGCUGGCUUCCCGCGGGGAAAAUACGUGGUGUGAACGUAGGAUCUCUAUUCGUAGUUGAGCCUUGGAUGAUGUCAAAUACGUGGGCCAAAAUGGGAUGCGGCGGGGUAAAGUCUGAGUUCGACUGUGUCCUGAAGCUUGGGCAGGCAGCCGCAAACACUGCUUUCAAGGGCCAUUGGGACACCUGGGUUACCCAGGCCGACCUUCAGGAAAUGAUCAGCUACGGAAUCAACACAAUCAGAAUCCCCGUCGGCUACUGGAUGAAGGAAGAUCUAGUCUAUGCUGACAGCGAGCACUUUCCUCAGGGUGGGCUCACUUACUUGACAAGACUCUGCGGCUGGGCGAGUGAUCUGGGAAUGUAUAUCAUCAUGGAUUUACACGCCGCUCCUGGAGCACAGCAACCACACAACGCAUUCACUGGACAGGACGCGCCAUCCGCCGGCUUUUACGUGGACUAUCAGUUUGAGCGCGCACUCAAAUUCCUCGAGUGGAUGGCGAACCUCAUUCAUACCAACAACAACUACCGAAACGUCGGCAUGUUGGAACUGGUUAACGAGCCCAUUCAAAAUUCUGGCAAUGUUGGAUCUAUGAGAUCUACUUACUACCCAAACGCAUUUUCGCGAAUCCGUGCGGCUGAAAGAAAGCUUAACAUCGGUGCCUACGACCUCCUUCACAUUCAAAUGAUGAACCAGAAGUGGGGUUCAGGAGAUCCAACUCAAUACCUCUCCGAUAAUUGGUUUGCAGCAUACGAUGACCACCGAUAUCUGAAAUGGGCAAACAUUGGCGACGUAUCACAGAGCAACUAUAUAUCCACGUCCUGUAGAGACGACCGUGGCGGCAACACACCCACCAUUGUUGGAGAGUGGAGCUUAAGCGUGCCUGAUAAUGUGGAGUGGACUUCGGGCUGGGAUCCAAGAACCCAGCAAGAUUUCUACAAGAAGUGGUUUGCGGCACAGAUUAUCUCGUAUGAGAAACAACAGGGCUGGACAUUUUGGUCGUGGAAGACGGAGCUUGGUGACUACCGAUGGGAUUACCAAGCCGCCGUCAAAGCAGGGGUUAUUCCAAAGAAUCUCGAUUCGGUAUAUAAUAUGGGUGUGUGCUAGGUAUACCAAAUUGACGUCCCG